AUGUUUUCACUACCGGCCGCAAGGCAAAUAAAGGAUAUGAGUACGUGGGGAGAAGCAUGGGAUAAACGUUUAAUUGAUGAAAAAGUGGGGUUUUAUCCAUAUGAAGAAUUUGAUGACGUUAAGGAAAUCGCUGAUGGUUCAUUUGGUAAUAUCUAUCGGGCUAACUGGAAAACCUCUGACAAAGUGGUCGUAAUAAAGAGUUUUGGAAAUUAUAACCAAAAUGCAAAACAAGUUAUUAAAGAUUUAAAAACAUUGAAUUGUGAACAUACAAAUUUUAUUCGAUUAUAUGGUCUGACCAAAAUAGAAAAUAAAGAUGAAGAAAACACAUCAAAAUAUUUUCUAAUUCUUGAAUGUGCGAAUGGUGGGACAUUACGUCAAUAUUUAAAGGAUCGGGUUCAAACUUUUGAUUGGCAUAUAAGAUUAAAUUUCUCUUUACAAAUAACCGGAGCUGUACAAUUUUUACACGAAAAGAAUAUAGUGCACGGUGGACUUGUAAUAGAAAAUUUUUAUUUUCAUUUUAGUUUUCUUGUACUUGAUGACAAUAUAAGAGUAACAGAUCAUGGAAUUUCAAGGCGAUUAACUAAUUUUAAUACUACAACAAAUGUUGAUAAUUCAUUAGUUCCUUAUAUCGAUCCUCAAUGUUUUAAAGUACAAGAUGAUAAAAAUAAACCACGUCAAUUCAGAAUGAAUAUGAAAUCAGAUAUUUAUAGUUUAGGAUUUAUUUUAUGGGAAUUAACAAGUGAUUCACCUCCAUUUUCUAAUCGUAUUCAAGUGGAUAAAGAUUUAAAUUUAAUAUCAGAAAUUUCAAGAGGUCUUAGAGAGAAACCCGUUCCUGGUACACCUGGAAAAUUUGUUGAAGUUUAUAUUAAAUGUUGGCAAGAUGAUCCAGCCAAAAGAGCAGAAAUUCAACAAACAGUAUUUGCACUUAAAGCUCUAGAAAUUAAAAAGAAAACAUCUAUGCAUGAUCAAAAUUAUCUUGCUCGAGACUUAGACAUUAAGAAUCGAUUAAGUAUUGGUACUGAUAUUAAUUCACUCCGAAGUAUGCUGGGACAAUUGGCUUUAACACAUACCACUGAGCCAUCGAUUUUUAGACCUAAACCUUCAAACUUGGAUCCGUUGUUGAUUGAUUCAACCACAACCACCACAACUGCUUCAACUACGCUCAACACUCCUACACAACCAACUUCAGGACCGCCCGAAAUAAAUCCCGGGGUUUCAAUUGAACCAGAUGUCACCACCACAAGCUUUAAAUCUAAAAAUAAUGAACCACCAAUGUUUGAAAAAGAACAAAUUCAAAUUUUUGUUGAAGAACCAAUAUCUACGAUGACGACUGAAACUAUUGAUAAUCAUGUAAUUGAUUCUAAAAAAUAUGAUUUUAUUUCUAAACUGGAAAAUAAACUUGAAAUCCCCAAAAAAGAAAUUCAAAAGCCAUUACCUGAAAAACUGCCAGAUAAAGAAUCUGAAAACAUUAAUUCUAAAAUAACAACUACAAUAGCCAUGAUGACUAAAAAAUCAGAGCCCGAUAAACUUACAUCAGAGCCACCAAAGAAUGUUCCUUCAAUUCCUUCUAAAAAAGUCGAAUCCUUGGCCAAUGGUUUAAACCAAAAGAUCUUAAAAACCGAAGAAGUGAAAAUUGGUUCUGAUGAGAAAAAAGUAAAUAAAGAAGAGUCACCAUCACUAAAUAAAAAACAAAAUCCUAAUCCUAUCAAUCCUAUUGACAAUGUUGUUACAAAAGAAAUCAAAAACACUUCAUCACCAAAUAAUGGUGGUAUAUCAAUUAUUAAAAAAAGACUUUCAUUAUCAUUAAAUAACGACAGCAAUAGCACAAUUCCAAAACUCAUCAAAGAACCUAUCGUUAAUAGUUCUUCUAUUGCUAAACUUAAGUCAGACUUGGAAAACAAUAGUGCAAACGACAAAACAGAGAAAGUCCCGUUAGGAAAUCAGUCAAUGAAUAAAUUAAAUAAAGAUUUUUCGUUGGUUAAUGGCUCUUCAACUCCAAAGUCAGAUAAAGAAACAACAACAGCGAAUAAAUUAAAACCCAUUUCUGAAUUUCAACAAAAAGAAGAUACAGCGACACAGAAUACCGAUUCAUCACUACUUCUUGGUUUAGGAAAUUCUGUAAAAAAUUUUAAAGAUAAACUUGAGCUCCCUGCACCAACAAAGCCUAAUCCUCCUUCUACAAAAUCAGUAAAGAGUAGGAGAAUAAGCAUUUCAUCAACUAAAUCUGACGAUUCCUCUAAAGGAGAUAUUUAUACACCACCAAAAUUAUCAAGGAGAAUAUCUAUUAAAAAAUCUGAUAUACCUACCAGGCCUGACUUUCCACGAUUAAAAAGUACUUCACCGCCUAAAAUACCCGAUUUUACAUUAACGAUACAACCCUUACCAAAAAAUGAAACAGAUUUGUCACAAAUUAUUAUUCAAAGAACUGAAAGUGCCUUAACAAUCAAAAGUUCUUCAAAAUCUAAAUCAUCAUGGAUAUCUGAAACUCAGGUUAAUUCCAAUGAGACCAUCGAUGAUAUAGCUCAAACUCCAGUAAGAAGAAAAGGAAAAUUUGUUCCUAAAAAAUUUAUUGAUGAAUUAUAUAAUAUGCUAGUUCAAUCAACAGACGAUGGCAAAGAGUUUUACGAAAUAAAUAAAUUGAUGCAUGAGCAUAUAAAAAAUAACAGCUAUGAACCAUUUGAUAUAAUUUAUUUUUUGAUAAAGGGUAAAAGAAGGCCACACUAUAAGAGUCUUCUAGGUUACUUUUACUAUGCGGCUAUUGGAACUGGUGAAGAUGACGAAAAAGCAUUUGAUUUAUUUCUAGCAGGAGCAAAAAAUGCAAUCCCGAUUGCACAAUUUUAUCUUGCAAAAUGUUAUCAAUUUGGCUAUGGUACAUCAAGAAGUGACAAGUUAACAUUUUUCUGGUAUAGAAAGGCUGCAUUUUAUGGGAGUGCGGCAGGAGAAAACGAAUUAGGAUAUUGCUAUCGAGAUGGAAUAGGCACAUUGAGGGAUUCUGAUAAAGCAUUUGAAUGGUUUAGUAGAUCUGCGAAAAGGGGAAACCUUGAGGGUUUAUGUAAUAUUGGAACAUGUUAUGAACUUGGGAAAGGAGUUAGAAAGAAUUUGAAGAAAGCAUUUGAAAUAUACAAUAGAACUGCAGAAGCAGGAUUCAAAGAAGGACAGUAUAAUUUAGCAGCAUUUUAUGAAGCUGGCACAGGUGUACCAAAAGAUUUAGAUCAAGCAAUAUAUUGGUGUCAAAAGGCUGCUCAUACAGGAUUUAGAAGAGCUAAAGAAAAGUUAGCAAAAUUAUUGGCGCAAAAACAAAGUGAUGAAACAUCCAAUUCUUCAAAA